GUUGAGAAGAGAUCUUGACCAGAAAAACAUUGAGACAAAACUGGGACUGUUAUUAAUAGUAAUACAAACAAGCAGUUUGUGCUUUGGUAUUAAGAUACAAUUUUUAUUUUAUCUCCAAUUACCCUUCACAAAUGUUAAACUGCACAAAUUCUUAAAAAACUGAACUAUAAAUUUGGAAAUUAUUUAACAACAUGGUAGAACAGUUUAUUUAGGACACAUCAAGGAGCUACAGUAUUCUGAAUCCAGCUGCUGCUGUCAUUCUAAUAAUUUUGGCACAGAAACAAUGCACUGUUUAUGGAGUGAACUUUCUAUUGUAAAAUUCCAAAUUCUCUUUAUAAAUGAAAAAUUACAGCCUGGUUAGGAAAGUAAUUAUAACUGACGCACAAAAUGUAUUUUGUGAUUUUAGCCUCUUUUUCUUUGGAAAAACAAUGUAUUAGAUCAUAUUUAUAAAUAAAUUGUGUUUAACCAUUCCUUCGUUUUGUCUCAGGCUGGAUCUCCUGAAUUGGGAAUGGAAUUGUCAUCUUAAUUAUGUACAAACAAAGAUUAGCCCCCGAACCCCAAGAUUAUCUUACAUUUAAUCUUGCUAUUUCAGAUUCCAGCCUUUCAAUUUUUGGCUACUCAGGGGACAUAAUUGAAAUUUUCAACAUUUUCCAAGAUGAUGGGUUUCUCAUCACAUCCAUAUGGACUUGUGAAGUGGAUGGGAUUUUGACUCUGCUGUUUGGUCUAGGCAGCAUUAACACUUUGACAGCCAUCAGAUACAUCAAAGGCUGCAAGCCGCAUUAAGAUAAACCAUCACUCAGGGUUAACAAACCUAAUAUGAUACUGACCUUGUCUGUCGUGUAGCUGACAGCUCUUUUCUGGUCAGCAGCACCUUUUCUAGGGUGGGGUACUGUUAAAGAUCACUUGUAUGGUACUUGCGAAAUCAAUUGGAUCCAGGCGACGUUCUGCAUUGCCUAAAAAUCCUACGUUAUUGGUGUAUUUCUCUGCCGUUACUUCCUCCCUCUUUCAGUCAUGAUUUUCUCUUAUGUGUCCAUAAUAAAAAUGAUUAGAUCCAGUCACAAGCAUGUCAGAAGAGGAGAGAUCAGUGAAAAUCAACGUCACAUUGAAUGA